GCCCGGACGCCUGGGCUCCCCCGGCGCCAGGCCCGAGCGAGACCCCCGGCUCUGCCUGGCUUCGCUCCGGCCUCAGUUUCCCCCAGUUCCCCCCCCCCCGAGCCGGGGGGCACGUGGCAGCGUCCCCGUGUCCCCACCGCGUCCCCGCACAAAGGCCCCUCUGUGCACCCCGCGCCGCUGCCACCGCCGCCCCGGGCACCACGUGCGGCUCAGCCCCGUGGCAGCCGGCAAAUCCCGGGGGAUUAGCGGGGGGGGGAUUACGGGCCGCGGCCGGGGGCAUUAAAGCCGCGGGGCCAGGAGGGACGCGGGGACACGGCUGGCCGCGCCAUGGCUCCCAAGACGGUGCUGAUCACCGGCUGCUCCUCCGGCAUCGGCCUGGCGCUGGCCGUGAAGCUGGCGCGGGACAAGCAGCAGCGCUUCCAGGUCGUUGCCACCAUGCGGGACGUGGGCAAGCGCGAGGCGCUGGAGGCGGCGGCGGGGCCGGCGCUGGGGCACACGCUGGCCGUGAAGCAGCUGGACGUGGGCGACGAGCGCUCCAUCCGCGCCUGCGUCGACAGCCUCCCCGGGCGCCGCGUGGACGUGCUGGUCAGCAACGCCGGCGUGGGCAUGAUCGGCCCCGUCGAGUGCCAGAGCCUGGCCGACAUGCAGCGCCUCAUGGACACCAACUUCUUCGGCCUCGUCCGCCUGGUCAAGGAGGUGCUGCCCGACAUGAAGCGGCGCCGCGGCGGCCACAUCGUGGUCAUCAGCAGCAUCAUGGGGCUGCAGGGCAUCGUCUUCAACGACGUCUACGCGGCCUCCAAGUUCGCCGUGGAGGGUUUCUGCGAGAGCCUGGUGGUCCAAGCCCUGCGGUUCAACAUCGCGAUCAGCCUGGUGGAGCCGGGGCCGGUGACGACGGCGUUCGAGGCGAAGGUCUACGAGGAGGCCGAGCGCGCCGACUACUCGCGGACGGACCCCGAGACGGCCGACAUCUUCGCCAAGCUCUACCUGCGCAGCAGCCGCGACGUCUUCGCCAGCCUGGGCCAGAGCCCCGAGGAGGUGGCCGAGCACACGCUGCGGGUGAUCGAGGCGCCCCAGCCGCCCUUCCGGCACCAGACCAACGCGGCGUACACGCCGAUGGCGGCCCUGAAGCACGCCGACCCCAGCGGCACCCUCCUCACCGACGCCUUCUACCAGCUGCUGUUCAAGCGCGACGCGGUGCUGCGGCUCGGCCUGCGCGCCAUCCGCCUGCUCCGCUGGAAGGCCCGCAAGCUGCGCCAGGGCGCCCGGCUGCUCGGCUUCGCCUAGCGCCGCCGGACGCCUGGGCCCCCGCAGCCCCGCGGCGGGGGGGGGCAGCGGGGGGAG